GUGUGCGUCAUUCGCUCCCUUCGCCAUUACUACAGUGUAGCUGGAGAGAAAACGAAAGGAUGUUCCUCGUUGUGGUGUGUAGCCUACUACUGUCUACCGUGGGAAAAGAGGUGGAAGAUGACUGGCUUGACCCUUAUGACAUGCUCAACUACGAUGCAAGCACCAAAACGAUGAGAAAGCCUGCUGAGCCAACAAGUUACAGCAAUGUGGUCACUAAAAGAAGAGAGUACGUUCAGGAGCCGAGCCAGGAGGAGCUGACGUCUUGUAAACAGAAUGUAGUUGAUCUACAGAGACAGAUUGACGAGCUAAAGAAGGAGAUGACGCUCAUGUCACAACAACCUACGUGCAAUCCAGUAUUCAAACGGUUUCUUAGCCGACUCCUGAAGGAAAUCCAAAGAGUUGGUGCACCCAUUGAUUCAACAGAAAUCUUCUAUGAUGCCAAAAUCAAGCUGUCUAGACAAGCCAUGAUGGAGAUACAGUCCCUUCUUGAAGGUGAAGACCGAUGGAGAACAGGGGCUCUGGACAACGCUGUCAGUCACAUACUGGUAGACCUUAAACCUCAUGACUACGAGGUCUGGAAGUGGCAUUUUGAAGACUCCUUUGGUGUAGAGCUUGACACAGUAUUGAAGAUUGGCGUAUUUGUUUUGAUUAUAUCGACCACCAUUUCCACCCAGCUGUGGUCGGUAGUGUCCUGGUUUGUGCAGUUUAGAAGGUUGUUUGCUGUCUGCUUUUUUGUCAGUAUUAUCUGGAACUGGUUUUAUCUGUACAAGAUUGCUUUUGCUGAACACCAAAAUAAUAUAGCGAAGAUGGACAGUGUCAAUGAAAAAUGCACUGGAGUGAAGAAAAUUGACUGGAGUGAUAGUUUGAAAGAGUGGUUCAGAAGUACCUGGACUCUUCAAGAUGACCCUUGUAAGAAAUAUUAUGAAGUCCUCAUGGUUAAUCCCAUCCUGCUGGUACCUCCAACUAAGGCGAUCUCAGUUACCAUCACUACGUUCCUCACAGAGCCUUUGAAACACUUUGGACAAGGAAUCAGUGAAUUUCUGCGAGCACUUCUGAAGGAUCUACCAGUAACCCUGCAGAUUCCAGUCCUCCUCACUAUUGUACUGGCCAUUUUGGUGGUCAUGUAUGGGAGUGUACAGGCAGCCUUUCAGCAUGGCAUCAUGGCUCCUCUACGACGCCCGCGAAGGGAUCCACCUCCUCCAGAGCUGCAGCAGCCACAACCUUACCCUUUGAUGGUUGAAAACCGCGGUAACUUGGCAGUGGCUGGAGGGGAUGCUCCUGCUCCUGCAGCUGCACCUACACCUGCACCUGCACCUGCACAACAGCAUGUUCCAAGAUAUCGAGCCAAUGAUGCAAGAUUAUACAGGAAUAAUGUUCAUCAGAGACGGCCCACCAGGGUCAGGGAAGAACCGCAACUGGUUGUUGAGACACUAAGAACAGCAGAACUAUACAGUGGGGAUGAGACGGAUGCUGAACGGCAUGAGGAAAGUCCUGAGAUAGCUGAGAAUCUCCCUGAACAGUCAGAGUCUGAAAACCAGCAGGAGACUCAAGAGGAGGCAGAAAGAUCUGAGCCAGCAGGACGGCAGACAUCACAAACAGUUGUUCCACAUUGUGUUCGCACAAAUGGAAUGGUGAAUAUUCACCAGCGAUGUAAACUGGAUCCAGAAGACUCAGCAGAAGAGAGUACAUCCUCUGUCUCACUGAGACACGUAGAGACUGUUGGACUGCCUGUUCAGGAAACAUGUCCAGCAGAAGUGGAGUAGACUGCUUUAGUCUAACCAGCAAGAUGCCACUGGAGUUUGAUGACCUGAUUGACUUCCAAAAAUGUUUAAUGAGAAUCUGCAACAUUGUGGGAGCGGCACCCAGCAUCAAGCUUACCUCGCUGUCAUGCAGUCAGCUGAUUGUGGUUGGGCUGGAAAGACUGCAGUCAGUGUCUCAAAAUUAAUUUGCUGCCAGACUAAAAGCCAGUAUCAGAGAAACGGGAAGCUGUGUUUAAUUAGUAUUUGUCUGUAUUUAAAAUGUGUACCUGUGGGGAGGAAUCAUGGUCUUACAGAAGAGUUUCACUGUAGUGACAAUGCAAGACAAUGACAAAAAUGAGGUUUUAUAUUCUGCAUAUGACUUGUUUCAGUUUUUGAUUUAAAUAUAAAAUUAGCAUUUUAUCAUCAUCAAGCAUAGAAUUUAUUUAAGCUGUUCUGAUAUUAUUGGGGUUUAUUGUUUACAGUGUUUUUUUUAAAUAUGGAUACUCAGAUCAGCUUGGCUGAAGAGGAAAAAGAUGUUAAUUGCAUUAAGCAUGAAGACUGCUGAUAGCUUGGCUGAAUGCAGUAUAAAUUCAGAAGCUAACCUGUACAAAAAUACAAUUCUUUCCCUACAGAUUAAAAAUCCUAUUUUUUUAAAGUAAAGAAAAUUACUAAUCAAGAGAAAGCUGUGUUGAUACAAGGUUUUGCACAAAUAAAUGUUGUUUUGUAAUAUAUAUAUAUAUUUGUAUUAUUUUAAAGCUUUUUGUUUGUUUUUCUUUUGUUUUUUUGCCAGUCUCUCAUUGUGGAUUCACAAUGCUGAUGCUCAUGGGUGCUAAUAAAAUUUUGUUUUAAGUCGGGAAUAAGCCAAGAAAUUUCAGACCAAUUUGCAUUCAGGCAUAUGUCUGGGACUGCUAAGCUAUACCCAUUAAAGUUAGCACACUUAACAAAUGAACAACAAGCUAGUGAGCGUAGUUGUAGUUUUAACUGCUAUUUUAUCAUCUCAGAAAUCUCUGUAAUGUUACCCUGUCCUCUGUUUCCAUCCUGCUAGAACAGAGACCAUGAAUGACCUGUUUGGUUUUGUUUUAGGGGAAAUAAAUCAUAAUAAAACAUUCAGCACUCAGGUACAUUUUUGACAUGCAUUACAGCUUGAGAGGAGGAGGUAACAUGGGGAAGAAAGACUUGUCAACUGUUGAAACUUGAUUAAAAAAUGUAUACCACA